UCGAUCGAGCGCGUCGGUUUAGCCGAGCGCGCGUCAUCGUGCCCCCCUCCCCCUCCUCACUUCACAACCACACCCACCUCGACAAACACAACAUCCACCUACCACCCACCACCCACCACCCAAACAACUGAAUCAAGAGAGGACAAACACACUUGCUCUUCAUUCAAGUUCUUCGAGUUCUUCUGAUUCAGAAACAACUACAUUCUUCUCAAGACCUUAAGUACUGCAGAAUCAUGGGACCGUUCAACAGCCAAACCGUAGCGGAUGGGGGCGGAGUGGAAACUGGAACCGCGGAGGUGACGUGCAGUAUUCCGGUCUGCCCUGCCCUUUCCGUCCUCCAGACGUCGAUGCUGUCAGUUCAGCGCACUACCACUCCUCGCGAGAAGCAGGACAAGUCGAAGCUGGUCUUCGGGCAGACGUUCACGGACCACAUGCUGCACCUCGACUGGGACAGUGACGGCGGCUGGCAAGCCCCCAGGAUCCUGCCGUACGGGGACCUGCGCAUAAGCCCGGCCGCCUCGUCCCUGCACUACGGCUUGCAGUGCUACGAGGGCAUGAAGGCCUACCGUGAUGCGGACGGCGGCGUGCGGCUCUUCCGGCCCGACCUCAACAUGAUCCGCCUCAACAGGUCCAUGGACCGUUUGUGCUUUCCUCAGGUGGAUGAGGCGAGCAUGAUCGAGCUCAUCAGCAAGCUCGUAGUUGAGGACGCGGACUGGAUACCAGAGGGCGAUGGUUACUCGCUCUACAUUCGCCCGACAGCCAUCAGCACCCACCCGUACCUGGGGCUCGCUGCACCGGAGAAGGUCAAGAUCUACGUCGUCCUGUCUCCUGUCGGCCCCUACUACAAGGAGGGGUUCAAGCCGGUCAAGCUCUACGCCGACACCGAGCAGAGGCGGGCGUGGCCCGGCGGCAUGGGUUUCGCCAAGGCCGGCGGCAACUACGCCCCCACCGUAAAGCCGGGCCUGAAGGCCAAGAAGGAGCACGGCUGCGCACAGAUCCUCUGGCUGUUCGGCGAGGAGGACUACGUGCAAGAGGUCAGCGCGAUGAACAUAUUCUUCCUCGUCAAGAAGGAGGACGGCGAAGGGGUGGAGCUCGUGACGCCCCCUCUUGACGCCGGGGACAUCCUCGAAGGCAUCACGAGAAGGUCGGUGCUAGAGCUGGCAAGGGAGUGGCGAGAGCUGGAAGGCGGCGUCCCUCUCGAGGUCAGCGAGAGGCCUCUCGCUAUGGGAGAGGUCGUCAAGGCAUCCCGGGAGGGCCGGCUUCUGGAGGUGUUUGGCACGGGUACGGCAGCUGUCAUCUCCCCGGUCGAAGCCAUCAAGUACCGGGGCAUGGAAAUCGAGGUGCCCAGCGGCACCAGCAUCGGCCCGCUCGCGGAACGCUUCUGGGGGGCCCUGACCGACAUCCAGUACGGCAGGGUGGAACACCCCUGGUCCGUGCGAAUCGCAUGAAGACCAUCUCUACCACGGUAGCAUCUUCUCUUGAUACAGAGUUCCGAGUACGCGUGUUGGCACUGCAUUUCGCACCCCGCGAUACAAGAAUAGCAAGCAAGGAGGAGGGUCGCUUGAAAGGGAUAGACACGGUCUGUCAUCCUGCAGCUCAUCACAUGUCUGUGGAGAGUUGUUAGGCGGCGACUUUCGAGAACAGGAACACGAAGAAGAAAUCAAGUCGAGAGAAAGAAGGAAAGAGUUGAACAUAUGUUCAACCGUUGACCCCGUCCAGCUGGGCAAAAAUCAACGCCAUUUGAUCAUUCUUAUAUACACGUAUUUGUACUUUGGCGAGUUUGGACAAUUCUCCCCUUGGAUGUGCUGGAAUCAUCGCUUGUGAGUGUAUGUGUGUCAAAUGUUUUUUUUUGUCGUUGAUGAAACUUGGUAUGCCGAUGUCCUUCGACAGUGAGCAGUGGUGCUCUGGCGUUUGUGGUGGUAUAGUAUUUGGAGGUGGCCGUUUGAUGGUGCUGGAAGCUUGCUUGUGAGCUGUGUUUUUAACAAACGAGAUUCUCGUUCUUUGAUGUCACUAUUCUUGUGGCAAUGUGCUUGCGCUUGACGUGUUCAGUGGUGUAUUAGUGUAUGUGAUUUCAUAGUAUCUUGACGAAGCCGGUGUCUAGGUGUCAUUUUUUAUUCAUUGAUGUCAUUUCGUGUGGCACAUGCCCCUCGGCAGUGCAGUGUGGUGGAACAGCAUUUGGAGGUAGCCGUGUGACGGUACGUUACCAUGUAUAUUUGGCGUUGUCAGAAGGUGUGACGUCAUGGAAACGCGGGAGUUCCGUUUAUACCUUGAUUGAUUAUUUGCUGCGUGGUGUUCCAUGCAAGAUGAACAAAAACGUAGCAAAGGAAACGAGCAACAUCUUGCAUCAGUGGUGUCGGACUAGGUCCACACAGACCAGGAAAGGAGAUAGUGUUGGAAUACUAUAUGUUAGUCGUUAGUAUUUGUAUUGCUGUAAACAACAGCUCAUUUGGUAGUCGUGAACGGAGUAUGCCGGUAUAUUUUCCGAAUAUUGAUCCCAGUGAUUGAUCGGUUCAUCGCAGUAUACACAUCGAGUCGGAUGGUACAUCGGAACAUUGUCCUCGUGGAAAUUUCUUGUAUAAUGUUGCUACAGGUCGGACUUCCCGCCUGUGACUGCCCUCGGUACGUUGCAAUAGCUCGUGUGUGCUUUCUUUCCAGGAUAAGGUUGGGGGCUCGCCCCUGUGGCGCUCGCCCCCACCUGUGCAUUUUCUUUCCUUUCUUCCCUACAUCUGUCAAGGCCUUUGAUCUCUUCCAAGGUCCUUCGGGACUCUUGCGAGUCUCAAGACUCGUCCUUGUCUUCGCUUACCUAUCGGCCAACUAAGCGCCCUUGAAACCAUCUUCUCUGGUCUACAGACAAGCAUUUUAUUGUCACUACGUAAGUCUAUCUGCAACAA